UGGACAAUUGGAAGGGGAAAACUCGAUACACGUUUAAUGCGAUGGUAUCUGUACAGGAUUUGGAGGAUACUUAUCAGCCUCCUUUUAGGAGUUGCAUUCAAGAGGCUCAAGCUAGUGGAGUGAUGUGCUCGUAUAAUCAAGUCAAUGGAGUGCCCACUUAUGCUGAUUACAAUUUUCUAACCAAAACCGCAAGGGGCUCUUGGGGAUUCUAUGGAUACAUCACCUCAGACUGUGAUGCAGUUUCCAUCAUCCAUGAUGCUCAGGGAUACGCAAAGACGUCAGAAGAUGCAUGAAAUUAGAU